AUGGCCACAGUCUACCAGCCCCUGCACGACGACAUCGUCAGCCGGCUCGACCCCGAGUACGCCGCGUUCCACAAGGAGCACCUGCUGUACACCCCGCUGCAGCACCAGCUGCCCUGGGACCCCGCCAUCCGCCAGCGCCCGACCGUCCCCGGCGGCUCUGAGCCGCUCAAGGUGGGGAGCACGCGCGAUAUUGCGCUCAGCAAGUUCAGUGUGCGGGUGUACACGCCCGAGGGGGCGCCCCCGGAGAAGGGGUGGCCGGUUAUCUUGUACUUCCACGGAGGUGGGUGGACCUUGGGGAAUAUCGGUGCGGAGGCGGGUCUCUGCACGAACAUGUGCAAGCGCGCGAAAUGCGUGGUGGUAUCCGUCGACUACCGUCUGGCCCCGGAGAAUCCGCACCCGGCGGCAGUCGAGGACGCGGUAGAGGCACUCAAGUGGCUCUACUCGAAGGGUAAGGCGGAGAUCAAUAUCGAUACGGAUAGUAUUGCUGUCGGCGGCAGCUCGAGUGGCGGCAACCUCGCUGCAAUCCUGGGCUUGAAAGCCAGCCAGCUCUCCCCGCCCGUGCCCAUCAAGCUCCAGCUGCUCCUCGUGCCCGUGACGGACAACACCGCCGACGCCACGGGCGCGACGCACGCGUCCUGGCGCGAGAACAAGGACACGGUGUGGCUCGACGUGCACCGCAUGGAGUGGUUCAAGCGGAACUACCUCCCCAAUAAAGAGGACUGGACGAAGUGGGACGCGUCGCCGCUGUUCGCGCCCGAGGAGCUGGUGCGCAAGGCGCCGCGGGCGUGGGUCGCCGUGUGUGAGAUGGAUAUUUUGAGGGAUGAGGGAUUGGCGUAUGGGGAGAGGCUGAGGAAGGCGGGGGUGGAGGUGGAGACGCAGGUGUACAAGGGGGCGCCGCAUCAUGUUAUGGCUAUGGAUGGGUAA